GGGGAACUGGGGUGCACUGGGGAGCCCCGUGCUGGGCUCCCAGCCCAGGGUGUCCCCCUCGGGCAGCCCUAGGGUGCUCUGGGGGGCUCACACCCAACCACAGCGCUUCCCCCAUUGCUUUGGGGUGCAGAGGUGUGCACCAAGGAGGGCACGGGUGACACACGUGUGCCAGCAGCUGUAGAAGCCAAGGAACAGGAGGGCCCCGCGGUGCCGCCGCCUCUCCCCAGCCGAGGCCCCGGUGCCACCGCCGCGGGUAUUUUUAGCAGUGACAUGUGUCACCUCAGCUGCCACCGCGGCGGGGGGGGGGGAGGCUGCUGCUGACCCUCUCGGCGCUCCCCGCGCUGCCGCCGCCGCUCUCGGCUCGCCGGGAUCCCGGUGCCGGUGUUGGGACAUCGGCACCCACCGCCCCCACCAGCACCGUCCUGCCUCGCCGCCACCAUGGCCAUCUCCUCGCGCCUGGCGCUCUGGGAGCAGAAGAUUCGUGACGAGGACCGGGGGCCACCCCCGUCGGCACCCCCCCUGCUGCUGUCGGUCAUCCCCGGCGGGUUCAUCAAGCAGCUGGUGCGGGAGACCGAGCAGGAGGCCAAGGCGGCGCGGCGGAGGAAGGAGAGCAGGCUGGGCACCAAGGAGGAGCCCGCCGGGAAGGAGGGAGAGAGCCGAGCCGGGGACGGCCCCGCUGCCCGAGGAGGGGCGGCCAGCGAGGGGCCACUGCGGAACGGGCUGAAGGCAGAGGGGCAGGGCGGCGAGGGGGUCACGGCCCCCCCUCACAAGGAGCUGCCCCCUGUGCUGGGGACUGUCCCCAGCAAGACCCCGGCCCCUGCACCUGGCCCAGCAGCGCCUGCCCCCAAACUGGCAGAGACAGCUCCCAAAAAAGCAGAAACAUCCCCCAAAACAGCAGCACCUGCCCCCAAACUGGUGGAGACACCCCCAAAAAGAGCAGAGACCCCCUGCAAACCAGCAGAGACAUCGAAACCAGCAGAAACAUCCCCCAAAACAGCAGAGGCUUCUUCCAAACCAUCAGAGACCACCCCCAAAGCAGCAGAGACCCCUCACCCAGGGGCUCCCAAGGUGGGAAAGCUACCGUGGCUCAGGAAGAACCCCAAGGACACCUUCCUGGGGGGCAGCCCCCCAGCUCCAGCCCCUGCACCCGGCCAGGGCCCCCAGCGUGGCAGCAAAGUCCCAGUGAAGGAAGGGGACACACUCAAGGGGACAGUCCCUGAGAGCACCAAGAAGGAGAAGGGGACAAUCCCUGAGAGCACCAAGAAGGAGAAAGGAACAAUCCCUGAGAGCACCAAGAAGGAGAAGGGGACAAUUCCUGAGAGCACCAAGAAGGAGAAGGGGACAAUCCCUGAGAACAACAAAGAGAAGGGGACAAUUCCUGAGAGCACCAAGAAGGAGAAAGGAACAAUCCCUGAGAGCACCAAGAAGGAGAAGGGGACAAUUCCUGAGAGCACCAAGAAGGAGAAGGGGACAAUCCCUGAGAACAACAAAGAGAAGGGGACAGUCUCUGAGAGCACCAAGGAGAAGGGGACAGUCCCUGAGAGUAACAAGAAGGAGAAAGGGAUACCCCUGAGGCACGAGGAGCGCCCAGCCAAGGUGAAAGCCCAGAGGGAGCUGUUGUCAGCCAGGAAAGAGCCAGAGAAGAUGAAGAAAGAUGUUGGAGGCAGCAAGAAGGAGCCAAGGGAGAUCAAAAAGCCUGAAAAAGCCACAAACAAGUCAGAGGGUCUCAAGGGGGAGCCGGGAGGAAUCCAAGAGAAGUCCACAGAUGUGGAAAAAGAUGUGGGGAAGGUGAAGGAAGAGUUGGGAAAGGGUAAAGAGAUGGUGAAAGAGAGCAAAGGGAUCGGCAAGAGCACAGACAAGGACCAGGCUAAAGAAACAUCAGGAAGGAGCAGAGAGAUGAGCAAGAGCAUGGAAAAGGAGCAGGAUAAAGAGGCAUCGGGGGAGAGCACAGACAAGGACCAGGCUCCGAGGGACGUUUGGUACGAAGCAGGGAAGGUGUGGCUGAUCCAGCAGGACGGGUUCACCCUCGCCACACAGCUGAAACCAGACGUGGGGACACCGGAGCUGCCGGCGGGGAGGGUGAGGGUGCGCCGGGACGAGGAUGGCACUGUCACCGAGGUGGACGAGGACAGCGUGCAGAGGACCAACCCCCCCAGCCUGGACCAGGCCGAGGAUCUGGCCACGCUCAUCAGCCUCAACGAGUGCAGCGUCCUGAACACGCUGCGGCAGCGCUUCCGAGCCCGCCUGCCCUGCACCUACGCGGGGCCCAGCCUGGUGGCCAUCGCCACCCGCCCCGAGCCCGCCGACGGCGCCGGGAAGGUUCCCAGGGGGAAGCGGGACAACCUUCCCCCACACAUCUGCUCGCUGGCACACAGAGCCUACAGGAACCUGCUGCUGCAGCGGCACGACCAGGCCAUCAUCCCCCUGGGGCACAGCGGGGCCGGCAGGACCCGGUGCUGCCAGAGAGCCCUGGAGUACCUGGUGGGCACGGCAGGCAGCCUGGACGGCAGGGUGACAGUGGAGAAGAUCCAGGCCAUGUUCACAGUCCUGGGAGCCUUUGGGUCGGUGACCACCAGCCACAGCAGCAGCUCCACGCGCUUCUCCAUGGUCCUGUCGCUGGAUUUCAGUGCCACUGGCCAGGUCACUGCUGCUCACCUGCAGACCCUGCUGCUGGAGAGGGCCCGCGUUGUCCAGCAGCCCGAAGGAGAGAGCAGCUUCAACAUCUUCCCACUGCUGCUGGCAGGGCUGGAUGUGGCAGAGAGAACGAUGCUGCACCUGCACCAGGUGGCUGAGAGCAAUUCCUUUGGGAUCAAACCCUUCACAAAGCCCGAGGACAAGCAGAGAGCCUCGGUGGCCUUCUCCCAGCUCCGGGCUGCCAUGGGCACGCUGGGCAUCAGCGCAGAGGAGCAGGCGGCCGUGUGGCGCAUCCUGGCUGGAAUUUACCACCUGGGAGCUGCUGGAGCCUGCAAAGUUGGCAGGAAGCAGUUCCUGAGGUUCGAGAGCGCCAGCCGCGCUGCCGAGGUGCUGGGCUGCGACGUGGAGGAGCUCGGCACCGCCGUCUUCAAGCACCACCUGAGGCACAUCCUGGCGCAGGUGACAGCGCGGGGCCGGCCCCAGGCAGAGGAGAGCCCGCCAGGUACCGGCAUGCCCCAUCCCCUCCAUUUGUUUGCGGAAUUAGGAGUUUGCGAUGAAAAAUUGCAAAGCGGGUGUUUUAUUCCAGCUGGGAUGCGUGGGGAGUAUUUCCACCCAAGGCAUGGGGAUGUUUCCACCAGACAUGGGGGUGUUCUCACCAAAGAUAUGGGGGUAUUCCCACCAAGACAUGGGGAUAUUUCCACCAAAGACAUAGGGGAUAUUUCCACCCAAGGCAUGGAGAGUAAUUCUACCAGACAUGGGGGUAUUUCCACCAAAGACACGGGGAUAUUUCCACCAAAGACAUGGGGGGCACGGCUGGCACCACUCUGCUGCCUGUGGGUAAAUCCUGGCGAUCUGUGUGUGGCUCUUCCCAGGUCCUUCUCCUCCCAGCACCUCUCCAUGGCCUCCAUCGCCGUGGUGGACAGCCCUGGCUUCCAGAGCCCGCGGCAGCAGCGGAGCGAGCGAGCGGCCACCUUCGAGGAGCUCUGCCACAACUACGUCCAGGAGAGGCUGCAGGGGCUCUUCUAUGAAAAAACCUUCCUGUGGGAGAUGGAGAGGUACAGAGAGGAAAAUGUUGAGGUGUCUUUCGAUCUUCCAGAGCGCUCUCCCCUGGCCACGCUGUCCAUCAUCGACCUGAGCUGCUCCCAGCCUCAGGUGCUCCCGGGCAGCCCCGGGGCCGCUCGCCGGGGGCUGCUGUGGAUCCUGGACGAGGAGGUGCUGGUGCCAGGCUCCGGGGAUGGCACUGCCUUCGAGCGCCUCUGCUCCUACUUCGCCACCAAGGGACCCGACCAGGAGGGUGAGGGGCACCUGCGCAGGUGUGAGCAGACGCUGCACUUUGAGAUCUGCCACCAGCUGGGCACGGCCCCCGUGCGCUACGACCUCACGGGCUGGGUCAGCAAGGCCAAGUUCAACCUCUCGGCCCAGAAUGCCAUCCAGGUGCUGCAGAACUCCACGGUAGCCGCGGUCCGGCAGCUGGUGCAGCCGCGGGCGAGCGCUCCGCCGGGCUGCUGUGCCCUGGCCGGGCUGGACGGGCGCUCCCAGGCCGCCCUGCACCGCAACGCCUGCCUGAGGAAAACCUUCGCCAGCGCCUUCGCCGCCGUGAGGAAGAGGUCGGUGUGCGCCCAGAUCAAGCUGCAGGCGGAUGCCCUCACCAACCUUCUCCGGCGGUCCCAGCUGCACUUUGUCCACUGCCUCCUCCCAGGGAUGGGCCAGGAAGGGCCGGUCCCUCGGCCCCCAGCGCCACCAGACUCAGCCCCACAGCUCGAUGUGGUGGCCCUGAGGACACAGCUGGAGGGGAGCCAGCUCCUGGAUGCCCUGCGCCUCCACCGUGUCGGCUAUUCGGAUCGGCUGCUCCUCACCCAGUUCCGCAGGCGCUUCCAGCUGCUGGCUCCGGAGGUGAUGAAGAAGCACAACUCUGCCUACGAGGUGCCAGAUGAGAGCAAGGCAAUCGAGGAGCUGUUCCAGGUGCUGGAUCUGGAGAAGAAGAGCGUUGCCAUUGGACGCACCCAGGUGUUCCUGAAGCCAGGGGUGAUCUCCAGGCUGGAGAAGCAGCGGGACAAGCUGAUAGCCCAGAAGAUGACUCUGCUCCAGGCUGCCUGCAAGGGCUUCCUCAGCCGCCAAAAGUUCAAGAGAUUGAAGAUCCAGCGCCUGGCCGUCCGCUGCAUCCAGAAGAACCUGCAGGUGUUCCAGGCAGUCAGGCACUGGCCCUGGUGGCAGCUGCUGAGCCACGUGCGGCCCCUGCUCAGCGUUAACCUCGCCGAGGAGCAGCUCCGUGCUAAGGAAGAGGAGCUGGCGGCGCUGAGAAGGAAGCUGGAAAAAUCCGAGCAGGCGUGCAGCGAGCUCAGACAGACUACAGAGAGUCUGGAGAGCAAGAUCAUCGACCUGACCACGGAGCUGUCGGAUGAGCGCUACAAGGGCGAUGUCACCUGCCAGGCCCUGGAUGGGGAGCGGGCGGAGCGGCUGCGGGGCACCCGUGAGCUGCAGGAGCUACAGAGCAAACACGACCAAGUGCAGAAGAAGCUGGAGUCGGUGGAGAAGCAGCUGGAAGAGGCCCAGCAGCUGGUGCAGCUGCGUGAGAUGAAGAUCAGCGGCUCUGGAGGAGAGGAUGAGUGGCAGGUGAGGUUUGACUGUGCCCAGACCGAGAUCAUUUUCCUGCGGAAGCGGCUGGCACAGCUGGAGGAGCGGCUGGAGGCAGAGCUGGGCACCAGGACAGGGCUCGAGCAAAAGCUGGGCGAGGCGCGGGCAGCGUGCCAGGCGGCGCGGGACGGGGCGCAGCGGCUGCGGCGGCGCUGCCAGCGCCUGGCCUGCGAGCUGGAGGACGCCCGGCUGCUGGCUGAGAACCAGCAGAGCCGCAGCCACGAGCUGGAGAAGAGGCAGAAGAAGUUUGACUUGCAGUUAGCCCAGGCCCUGGGGCAAUCUGCCUUCGAGAAGAGCCUCCGUGAAAAGCUGUCCCAGGAGAACACCAGCAUCCGCUGGGAGAUGGGCAAACUGCAGCAGAGCCUGGAGCACAAAGAGGCCGAGGUGGCCAGGCUGGAGCAGCAGGUGGCCGUGCUGGCCGGCCGAGUGCAGGAGCUCAGCAUCCCCGGGGCCACGGACACGGUGCCCACGCUCAAGAAGAAGCUCUGGGACCUGGAGGGCAGCGCUGCUGAGCAGAAGAAGGAGCUGGAGCGGCAAACAGCUGCUGUGGAUCACCUGGAGCAGCUCCACGAGAGGCUGGAGCUGGAGAUCGAGAGGAUGAAGCAGAUCCACCAGAAGGAGCUGGAGGACAAGGACGAGGAGCUGGAGGACAUGCAGAAGUCCUGCCAGAAGAGGCUCCGGCAGCUGGAGAUGCAGCUGGAGCAGGAGCACGAGCAGAAGCAGAUGGUGCUGCAUGAGAAGCAGGACCUGGAAGGGCUCAUUGGCACCUUGUGUGAGCAGAUCGGCCACCGCGACUUCGACGUGGAGAAGCGGCUGCGGCGGGACCUGCGGAGGACCCGGGCGCUGCUGGCCGAUGUUCAGCUGCUGCUGGCGGCCCCAGCCGAGCCCGGAGGCGGCGGCCAGGAGCUGGAGCACCUCCGCAAACAGCUGGAAGAGAGUGAAGCCAAGUGUGCAGAGGCCCAGAGAUGCCAGCAGACAGCAGCCCUGGAGCUGGAGAACCUGCACACGGAGCUGGAGACCCUCAGCAGAAGCAAGACCCUGGUGGACGAGCAGCUGUUCCAGCUGCAGCACGAGAGAGCAGACCUGCUGAAGCGCAUCGAUGAGGACCAGGAAGACCUGAACGAGCUCAUGGAAAAGCACAAGGCUCUGAUUGCCCAGUCAGCCACAGACAUCGCUCAGAUCCGGGAGCUGCAGACACAGGUGGAGGAUGUGAAGAAAGAAAAGCAGAGCCUGCAGGAGAAGCUGCAGGCAGCUCAGGCCAGGGCGGCCCAGCUGGAGCAGUGCCCGGCCGAGCGCUCCAUCGUCAGCCGGCAGGAAGCUCGGAUCCGGGACCUGGAGAGCCAGCUGGACUUCCAGGCCGUGCAGAUGAAGCGCUUCGAGGUGCUGGUGCUGCGCCUGCGGGACAGCAUCAUCCAGAUGGGAGAGGAGCUGGAGAAGGCGGCCGAGUCGGAGGCACGGGAGAGGGAGAACACCAGGUACUACCAGAGGAGGAUGGAGGAGAUGAAGGCUGACAUGGACGAGCUGGUGCAGAGGGAGCUGGAGUCCAGCCGCCGGCGCAUGGAGCUGGAGCAGCAGCUGGCAGAGCUGGCAGAGGCGAGGCAGGGGCUGCAGGCUGACCUGGGCACCUCCAUCCGCCGCAUCGCAGACCUGCAGGUGGCCCUGGAGGGGCUGCGUGACAGCGACGACAGCGAUGCUGACAGCGCGCGGACGGCGCGGGAGUCGCUGUGCUCCAGGAGAGACACGGAUGCCUGCUCCAGUGUUGGCUCCGUGCUCAGCCUGGAGCCUGCAGAGAGUGUCAAAUCCUGGCCGAGCUCCUCCUCAGGCUGGACAUCCCUGGCGAGUGCCAGCGUGGCCGGAAGCGUUUCAGCACUGUCCGUGGGCAGCCGCAGCACCCAGAGCCUCAGGGUGAGCAGAGACACCAAGGACCCCGCUCUGAGCCGGCCUCUCUCCUCCCGGAGCUCAGCCCGGCCCGGCGAGGCUGCGGAUCCGGGGAGGACAGCGAGUCCGCUGCUGGGCUCCAGAAGACGGGAAUAUGGAAAACCUCAGGCAGAAGAAGAGCUGGAAAGCCCAAAGAAGCCCGUGGAUAGGGCAAGAGACACAUCCCCAUCGGCGCUGCUCCGGGGGGGCUCCCCGCCUGCGGACGGGAGCUUCCCCGGCGCGGUGUCCCCGCCGGUGCCCAGCAGGAGGAGGCUCUCGGGGGUGUCGGUGGCCUCGGGGCCGGUGCCCAGCUCUGCCGCCCUCUCGGAGUACGUGGAGGAGCUGCGGCGGCAGCGGGGAGCGGAGCGGGAGCUGCCGGGGCUGGGGGCCGCCUCUCCCCUGCCCAUUUACCGCACCACCGGCGCCGCGGCCCUGCGGCGCUCCAGGGCUGUCCCGGCGGCCGAGGAGCCCCCGGGGAGGCUGGAGGGGGAUCAGGCAGGGGAAGGGGAGGCAGCAGGUGCCAGCCUCACCCGCUCCUCCAGCCUGCGGAGCAUGGCCUCGGAGCCGGCCGAGCCCCCGCGUUCCCCGGCGCUGAAAAAGGCAUCGAAAUUCGGCUCCUACGACUCCCUCCUGCCGGCCCUCGACGGCUCCGGCCGCCGGCCGAGCUCCCCGGCUGCCGGGAUGGAGGUGGCGCGGCUGAGCUCCUGGAGGAGCUGCCUGGAGCCGUCGCUGGAGGAUGUGGAGCUGGGGAAGGAGCCGGAGGGAUUUCUGAGCUCCCUGCCCGGCGAUGGGCUGGGCGAGGGGAAGGGCAGCGACCCCUUCAGCUGGCGAAUACCCACCCUCAACUACGAGAGGAGAACCAAGGUUGACUUCGAUGAUUUCCUGCCGGCCAUCCGCAAGUCGCGCUCCGCCAGCAGCCUGGCCAGAGCCCGCAGGGACAGGAGGGACGGCCAGCGGCCCCUCACCGUGCGCUUCGAGGACGAGGCCAUAGCCUCGGGCAAUCUGGAGCCCUCCGAGACCAAGGGCACUGCCAAGUGCAGCCCGACCCCUCGGGAAGAGCCCGGGGACCUCUCUGACUGCUCCUCAUCCUCGGGAUCCCACCGCUCCUCCCGCAGCGCCGACAGCAUCAAGCGGCGGCCGCAGCCCCCGAGGGGCGCCGGGGAGGGCUCCAGCGGCAGGGCCGGCAGCCAGGGCAGCGGGAUGAGCCGCCGAGCCGAGGCCGAAGGCAGGGAGGACGAUGUCAGCAGCAUCAUGAAGAAAUACCUGGGCAAAGAAUAAGGAAGCAAAUUUGCAUAAUGCAACGUCCCGCUUUCUGCAGGAUCUGUUUCCAUCAAGCCCCAACCCGCAGUGAUGAUGAGCCACGUUGGGCACAGAGCUUCCCUGCUCCUGGCAGAACCACCUCACUUGAGCAGAGACUGCAAAAGGAUCCACAGAAGUCAUGGGAUGGUUCUACAAACUUUUUUUGGUCCUGGACAUACCGUGGUUUCCUCAUGCUCCUGCCCCGUUUCCCAGCGCCGCAGCUUUGCUCAGGGCCAGCCGCUGGACAAGGACUUUCCUGUUCUCCUGCAGUUGUUCAACUUGGGAGUUGGUGCUUAAAUUAAAACCCAGCGGCUGCCACAGAUGCUGAGGAUGUGCCAUGGCCUGGGAAAGCCACUCUUGAGGGGAGCUGGAGGGACACCAAACCCCUCCUGUGUAACCCACAGCUGCAGCCCAGGUGUCUCAUCCCACACUGCACUGCUCAAAAAUCAGCUCAUCUUGAGGGUGCUCUUGGGUCUCACUGUGACACCCAGCAACAGCACAGCUCUGAAACUUUUAUAAUUCCACAGGUAUUUGAUGGAUCCAUCUGUGCUUCCAUGGCUCCAGCCUGUGGGGGACACCUGGGCACAUCCCAGUGGCUUGCAAGGCACAUGGGCAAUGGGGGCUCUAUUUAAUGUCUGCUUGGUUUUUACACAAUAAAAUAUUUGCUUCUUUGACA